CUUCCGCAGCACAUCACUGCGACCGGGGGUGAGAGGAGUGCAGAAGUUUGCACGCUAAUACAGCACACCUUCCUACCGGCUGGACAGAAAUCUCAUAGCCAUCCGGAGUCAUCCGAAGAGGGAAAAAAACGAAAAACACAAGUCAGCGUUUUGAUUUGACCAUCCCAAAUGAAAGUUAAAGGUGAUGGUUAGCUAGCUCGCUAGCUAUUGUUCCAUGUAGCGUGAACCAGCAGAGCACCGGGGCCCCUCGAAGAAGAAAGGUGAUUAAGCCCGGGGUUACCCGUGCAGGGGGAGCGGAAGGUGGGCGUGGGAAACUCCGAGGAUCACCAGGCCCCAAGCUGCAAAGGAAUUGGGCCGCCGCCUCUGUGGCUUGACUCUGAACUCAGCAUAGGUGGGCCUCGUGGGGGAGUGUUGGGACAGACGGGAAUGGUGAUUGGAGACCAGGGAUAACAGACGAGAGACCCCGGGGCCGGUGAAAAACGAUACCACCACAGCAGACAUGAUGGAAGAACUGCAUAGCUUGGACCCGCGGCGACAGGAGUUGCUUGAAGCGCGAUUCAUGGGAGUCGGGGUGGCCAAGGGUCCAGGAAACAAUGAGUCAUCCAACCAGAGUCUGUGCAGUGUGGGCUCCCUCAGUGACAAAGAGCUGGAGACUCCGGAGAAGAAGCCAAAUGACCAGAGAGCGAGGAAGAGGAAAGGAGACCCAUAUGAUAGCAGCCAAGGGAAAGUAGGAGCAAGAGGCCAUAAAAUUAGCGAUUAUUUUGAGUUUGCGGGUGGUAGUGGUCCUGGCACAAGUCCGGGUCGGAGUGUCCCACCAUUGGUCCGCUCCUCCCCCCAACAUUCCCUUUCUAACCCCCCAGCCUCGGUGCAACAGGGCAGCCCCUCGUCCACAGGCUCCGCCAACACAGACCACUCCUCCUGCUCCCUGAAACCCGUUUCGCUCCACGUGGUCCAUAAAGCCACACAGUCCGACCUCACGAUAGAGAAGCUCACGGCGCUGGAGAACAACAAGAACUCGGACCUGGAGAAGAAGGAGGGGCGCAUAGACGACCUGCUUCGGGCAAACUGUGACCUUCGAAGGCAGAUUGACGAACAGCAGAGGAUGCUGGAGAGGUACAAGGAACGGUUGAACAAGUGCGUGACCAUGAGUAAGAAGCUGCUGAUUGAGAAGUCGAAGCAGGAGAAGAUGGCCUGCCGGGACAAGAGCAUGCAGGACCGCCUGCGCCUGGGCCACUUCACCACCGUGCGGCACGGGGCCUCCUUCACGGAGCAGUGGACGGACGGUUACGCCUUCCAGAACCUCAUCAAGCAGCAGGAGAGGAUCAACUCCCAGCGGGAGGAUAUCGAGAGGCAGAGGAAGCUGCUGGCCAAGAGGAAGCCCCCCGCCAUGGGCCAGACCCCGCCCCCCAGCCUGGAGCCCAACAAACGCAAAAGCAAGACCAAUGGCACAGAGAGCGAAACGCUGACGCUUGCAGAGUACCACGAGCAAGAGGAGAUUUUUAAGCUGCGGCUGGGCCAUCUCAAGAAGGAGGAGGCGGAGAUUCAGGCGGAGCUGGAACGGUUAGAGCGCGUGCGGAACCUUCACAUCCGGGAGCUGAAGAGAAUACACAACGAGGACAACUCGCAAUUCAAAGACCACCCCACGUUAAAUGACCGGUAUUUGCUGUUACACCUACUGGGCAGAGGGGGCUUCAGUGAAGUCUAUAAGGCCUUUGACUUGACAGAGCAGAGGUAUGUCGCUGUAAAAAUCCACCAGCUGAACAAGAACUGGCGGGAUGAGAAGAAGGAGAACUACCACAAACACGCCUGCAGGGAGUACAGAAUCCACAAGGAGCUGGACCACCCCAGAAUAGUUAAACUAUACGACUACUUCUCACUCGACACCGACUCGUUCUGCACGGUGCUGGAGUACUGCGAAGGGAACGACCUGGACUUCUACCUGAAGCAGCACAAGCUGAUGUCGGAGAAGGAGGCGCGCUCCAUCAUCAUGCAGAUCGUCAACGCCCUCAAGUACCUCAACGAGAUCCGACCGCCCAUCAUCCACUACGACCUCAAACCCGGGAACAUCCUCCUGGUGAACGGUACCGCCUGUGGAGAGAUCAAGAUCACCGACUUUGGCCUCUCCAAGAUCAUGGAUGACGACAGCUACAACUCGGUGGACGGGAUGGAGCUGACGUCUCAGGGGGCGGGGACCUAUUGGUACCUUCCGCCAGAAUGCUUUGUGGUGGGGAAGGAGCCGCCCAAAAUCUCCAACAAGGUGGACGUGUGGUCAGUAGGGGUCAUCUUCUACCAGUGUCUUUACGGCCGCAAGCCGUUCGGACACAACCAGUCCCAGCAGGACAUCCUGCAGGAGAACACCAUCCUGAAGGCCACGGAAGUACAGUUCCCCCCCAAACCCGUCGUCUCUCCUGAAGCCAAGGCCUUCAUCCGACGUUGCCUGGCCUACCGCAAAGAGGACCGCAUCGACGUGCACCAGCUGGCGAGUGACCCCUUCCUCAUGCCCCACAUCCGCAAGUCAGUGGCCACCACCGGGGUGUCCGGGACGGCCAUGCCCUCCACCUCCAGCUCCUCCAACAGCAGCGCUUCAAACUGAGCCGCCGCCGUCCCCCCUCCCUCGCUGCUCCGCGGAGGUUUCGUCAGCCGAGGGCCCCCCCACCGCCGCGCGCGACGCCACACCAGAGCAGAGGGGCCGGGCUCGGAGGGCCAGAGGAUGGAGGCCCCGCCCCUUCCUCCGCUCACCCUCCUCUCCUCCCCCUGCUCCUCCCCCAGAGGGUGGGGCGUCCUGUGGGGUCAAAGCCCAGGGUGCCCCAGCGUGGAGACGGGUGCCGCGUUGCCCUGAUGAGAGGAGACGUACUUUAUUUGAACCCGCUGGUUAUUUUGUCCUGACUUAAUGGGGAAACGGUAGAAAGCAUGGCUGCUCAAAUGGAAGUUUUGGUGUCAAAGACCCUGCCCCCACAGCCCCCUGGACUCGGAUGUUCGGGUCUCGCAGCCCUUUCCCAUUGGUUGGAGUUGGUUGCUGACCGUGCUGAAUUGCCCUUGAUUGGCUGACACCUGGACGGACAUUGAGCAUUUGUGGUGCCUGGGCCACUCGCCCCUCCCUCCCCUCCCCCUCGAUGGGCCUGUUCUGUCGAGCCGAGUUUCUUGGUUCAGAUGGGGGGCUCUCUUUGCUUUCCCUUGGACGACCAAAGUUGAAGACUACCUGUUGGUGGCACUGUUCAGUUUUAGUUUUAAAAGUUUUUAGUGGUGAGAAGGAACGUUCGUUUCUUGAAGUUGGAAACGGAAAGGUCACAUUCUCUAGGUUACAAUUCUAUCCUUUUUUUAAAUGUUCUAACAGACAUCAAACUGGAAAAUUUGACUAUCUUUGAUAGUUCAAUUUUUCAUAUAUUCCCCCCACACAUAUUUAUUUAGUUAUGUUUUCAAUUUUUACAUAAAUGCAAGGGGCUGGAACAUCAAUGUGUGCUGUGAGGGGGAGCU